GCAAACAGAACACUGUAUACAAAAUAAAUAAAUAAAAGAAUGAGACAUUAAGGCUGAAAAGACAGGACGUAGGUGCCAUGAUGUUUGAUGUCUACAUUCAGGACAACACGGAAGUCUAAGUGAAGGAAACAGUUGAGUUUUGGAGGUGAGUUUGAGGUGCAAAGAGAAGACGUGUUCCUGUGACAUUUAGUGAGCAAACAGACACUACCUUGAAACUCCAGUAAGUAUCUGGGAUGGAACUGACCCAAGGAGCCAUCAGCAUAAAUGUGAUAACUGAAGCCUUGGGGGGGUUGUGAGAUCCAUAAGAAAGGAUGUGAAGUCUGAGGAAAUCAGGCUUGUGACGGAAUUUUGGGGAUGUGAUUAAAGGAUAAAUAGAUGGGGCGGGUAUGGGGGAAUGUGGAUCAAUGGUAGAGUGCUGGCCUAGCAUACAAAAGGCCCUGGGUUUGAUCAGCAGUGAACACAAACAAAACUGAGAAAUGAUGAUGCUCCCGUGGAAGAAUGGCUGGAAGGAUGGGAAGAAAACAAGAAUAUUCCAGAUCAUAUAAAGCAUGACUGCAGUUCAAGAUUGAACUCUUAGACUAUGCUUCAAUACCUUGCAGUCCUGUAUACAUGCGUUUCUCACGCUGGACUGCAAAAUCUACUGGCCUUGUUCAUUAGUUUACCCUAGCACAUUCUGCAUGUUAUUUAGCACAUAGUAGCUAGUAAAAUCAAGGGGCCAUAGGGGAUGCUCACCAGAUUGUGUAAAGUGCCUUUUCUAAUGAGUAAGUUCUAAACUGCACUUCAUCUCAAGCUUUGUGGCCAAUGGUGAAUAAAAGGGGUAUGGAACUUGGGACCUUGGAAGUUCUGUAACUAGGACAUGGAAGUAACAACAGCUAGCCAAGACAAAAAGAAUGUUCCUUUCUUUCCCCUUCCAAGUUCUUAGUGAAGGGCUGAGCCCGGGAUCCCAGACUUGUGUGACUAGGUAAAUAUUAGGAGACUAACUUCACGUCGGUACCCUCCCUUCAGUGGCCUCAAGGUGGCUUCUCGGGAGACAGAGGCUUCUAAGUACCAAAGCCCUCCACUGCGCAAGCCUAACAUCAUGGGGAAGGGAGACACUUCGGAAACAGCAGCAGUUACCCCAGCCUAUCGCUCUGUCAUGGAGGAGUAUGGUUAUGAGGUGGGCAAGGUCAUCGGCCACGGCUCCUAUGGAACAGUUUAUGAGGCUUACUAUACAAAGCAGAAAGUCAUGGUGGCUGUCAAGAUCAUCUCAAAGAAGAAGGCCUCCGAUGACUAUCUUAACAAAUUCCUACCGCGUGAGAUACAGGUAAUGAAAGUCUUACGGCACAAGUACCUCAUCAACUUCUACCAGGCCAUUGAGACCACAUCCCGAGUAUACAUCAUUCUGGAGCUGGCUCAGGGCGGUGAUGUCCUUGAAUGGAUCCAACGAUAUGGGGCCUGCUCUGAGACCCUUGCUGGCAAGUGGUUCUCCCAGAUGGCCUUGGGCAUCGCCUACCUGCACAGCAAGGGCAUCGUGCACCGCCUGACCCCCAGCCUUUCUGCUGCUGGUAGGGACUUAAAGUUGGAGAAUCUGUUGCUGGACAAGCGGGAGAAUGUGAAGAUAUCGGACUUUGGCUUCGCCAAGAUGGUGCCUUCUAGCCAGCCUGUGCGUAGUAGCCCUUCUUACCGCCAAAUGAGCUGCCUUUCCCACCUCAGCCAGACCUACUGUGGCAGCUUUGCUUAUGCCUGCCCGGAGAUCUUGCUAGGCCUGCCCUACAGCCCUUUCCUGUCUGACACCUGGAGCAUGGGCGUCAUCCUCUACACUCUAGUGGUUGCACGUCUGCCCUUUGAUGACACCAAUCUCAAGAAGCUGCUGAGAGAGACCCAGAAGGAGGUCACUGUCCCAGCUAACCUCAACAUCUCCCAGGAGUGCAAGAACCUGAUCCUCCAGUUGCUACGCCAAGCUACCAAGCGCGCCACUAUCCUGGAUGUCCUCAAGGACCCCUGGAUGCUCAAGUUCCAGCCCGAGCAACCCACGAAUGAGAUCAAGCUGCUCGAGGCCAUGUAUCAGUCUGCCAGCACCCCUAACCGGCACCAGUCCUUGGAGAUCACAGCUUGAAGAUGGCUGAGGUGGGGGGCCAAGGAGAAAAGCCGGAGGUUCUGGGGGGAAUCUUUUAUAUAAAAAUAAAUCUAAUUAGUUUCAU